UUGGCAAAGAGCUGGCGCUGCUGCGUGCAGGUAAAAGGAACAAGCCACACAAAACAGAAAACAUUUUUCUUGGCAGAAAGCGAGGAGUGCGAUGGAAACGGACUCUCUCUCGAGGUAUUUAAGUCGAUGAAAAAGCGCAACACCUUCAGCUUCUUGGAAGAAAGUACCGUUGUGUCAACCAUCGUUUGGCUCCCGGACACGCUUUGUAUAGCAAGCAACUUGGACAGCUGCGUGUUUUCAGGCAAACCAUCAACAAAGAAUGAAAGCUUUCAAACGAGCUCUAGAAGAAGAGCAGCAUAGCCUGGAGCAUGAGCACUCCUCGGCUGUCUCGGACAGUGAUGACGGCUCCCCGCUCGACCUGUCAGGAAGGGGGCUCUUUGGGAAGCGCCGUCGCCGCGGCAACCUGCCCAAGGAGGCGGUGCAGAUUCUGCGGAGCUGGCUGUACGAGCACCGCUUCAACGCCUACCCGUCAGAGCAGGAGAAACUCAGUCUGUCAGGCCAGACCGACCUCUCUGUGCUGCAGAUAUGUAACUGGUUCAUCAAUGCACGUCGCCGCCUCCUCCCUGACCUGCUUCGCAAGGAUGGCAAAGAUCCCACCAAGUUCACCAUCUCACGGAAGGUUGGUGGUAAAAGUGAAGGCCACUCGUCUAAUGGAGGUGGAGCCAGCUCUCCAGAAAGCAACUCUUCCACCACCUCAUCUCAGCAACGCCCGUCUGUCAUCCGCUCUGGCCCUACGUUGGACCUCAGCCUUCUUGGGAGCACAGCGACUGCUAUUCUGACAGGAGCAGGCUACCCUGGUAAGGAAGGGUCGGUCCAGGCGCUGAUGAAGCUGGACACACAAAGUCUGCUGAGGGAAGCGGAGGAACAGGGGGCAAAUAUGUUUUGUCUCACCAGCACAACAAUGGCAGCUAGCCCCACCAGUGGCCUCUUCAACACGCCUCCCCCAACUCCUCCUGAGCUGUUCCCUACCCAGGACUUCAGCGACUUGAGGCUCCUGGUCGACGCUGCUCUGCAGAGGGCAGCAGAGCAGGAGAACCUGAAGAGGCUCCAGGAGAGCCAGAACAGACCUACAGAGGCUGGAAAGACUGAACUAGUGGAGGCACCGUGCAGUGCGUAUAGCAGUGACCUAGGACCCACGCCGCCUCCAGAGGACAGCCAACAAGUCAUGGAUCCUUCCCGGGUGCAGAGUCUGAUGGAGAAGGCUAUGGCUGUUCAAGUGUCUGCUGUAACUUCAGUAACUACUCCAGUGCCUUUGUCUUUAGCAGCCUCUGUACCAGUCACAGCUCCCGCCUUGGUCUCAGCCCCGUGGCUGUCUCCUCUCCUGAUGAAUAAAGUCAUCUGGAGCCCCUCGGAGAAGGACACUGCCAGAGCCUCCGGCCCAAACCAGCCUCCGCUCAUCCCAGCCCAUCUGCCAACCGCAGUGCCAGCGUCUGCCUCAGUUUUAGGACAGCCAAAUUCUCAGAAACCAGCUGCUGCUCCAGUCAUCACCCCAGCUUCAUCAUCGGCUGCAGCCUCCGGCUCCGUUGCAGCUACAAGACCGGUCUCGCUGCCAUCACCAGUCUUUGUCUCGGCCACAAGUCCCGCUUCUGUCACUGCCCCAAGCCAGGCUUCAUCCCACGCUGUAGCGCUGGUUCCAGCUGCUCCUUCUUCAGCCGUCUCCUCUUUCACAGACCCCAGAGGAGUCCCACUUUACCUGCCAUUCAACAAAUCUCCCAUAAUCCCAGUCACGGUUCCAUGUCUAUCGCCCGUUUCUACUGCAGCGUCCUCUCCAUCCCCUGUUCACAACCCAGUCUUUGCCUCUGCCCAAACUCCAACUCCUCGCCCAGCUUCAGCCCCAACAUCCCCUUCUAUGCCAACAAUUACACCUCUUCUCGGCCUGGCUUCCCACCUCACUGCUUCUCUUCAGCCUUCCUCCACCAGCAGUAGCAGUAUUACUAGUGCACAGAGGAAUUCAGCAGUGGUGCCCAGUGUUUGGAGCAUGGUCCAUGCUGAUACUAGGCAACCCAGUUCUCUUCAAGUGGUAAAGGCCCCCAUCACCACAGUGUGGGGCCCGCAGCACAGCCUGCACACAGUGAGUGAAACUGUGAACUAGGAGCUGGAAGUUGAAUUUUCUUUUCUUUUUUUAAUAUAUAUGUAUAUCUGAGGAGAGAGUCCAAACAUUGCUGUUGGCUGGACAACACUGUAAAUAGGAGACUGUAUCUUCAUCACCAGUCCCCUUUUAUCAUUAACUCCUGUGCCUGCACAAUACAAGGAAUGAGAUCAGCUGUAUGAACUGGGACAAAGUAAACUAUCAAACAUGCGGUGUUAGAGACUUUAGUUAGACAACUUUUUAUUGUUAAAUAUGCUGUUCUUGAUGGAGGCACCUGCCGGUAAGAACACUUUGAUGUAUUUUCUAGAAAGAACCUUUCCUCAGUGCAGAGUAAAUGUAUUGUACAAAACUUUUGAUGCCAAUUUCAAAUUUCUCGUUACAAUUUUAUGAAAUGAGGAGGAAAUAUCCCUUGAUUGUAUAAAAUGUCAAUCUAUCAUUUUCAGGACCAGCAUGUUAGCUCUUCAGUAGCAGUACUGGACUUUAUUGAAUGUACAAAAGUCAUUGAUAUGAUUGGCUAGGCUGACGAUCAUCCAUUUUACUUCAGGCUAUAAAGGAGGACAUGAAUUUGUUUUUUGUUUUCCCCACGCACAGCAACAAUGUCAAAGUCCUAUAGUAAUAACAGACUUUUUUUUUUUUUUCCCUUUUCUUCAAGAAUUUAAUCUGUUAUUUACUACACUACAUUCCCCGUUUUUUCCUUGAGAUGAGCUGACAGGGAAAUUGAUUGUACUGCAGCAAGUCUGACUGAAUGACUUGCCUCAAUGUGUCUGUCUCCAUCACCCCCCACCCCCUUCUUCCUGUCUUUUUAUAGCUAAGGGGAUUCAUUGGCCCUCAUGAAUGUUCAUCUCAACCACUCAACACAUGCUGUCAAGUACCACAUGUUUCUUUGUUUGCAAUUUCCAAUCUUUAAAAACGAGCCGUAUUUUCUUGUUUUUGCUGAAAGCAGUAAUGUCGUUACUUUAUGCAACCUUGAUCGGUUGUGUGAUUUAGAGUGAUUGAUUGUUGUUGAGCGGGAGGGCAGUGGAUAUAGGAUGAAGGGGAGAGGAUCACAUUGUAUCUGUUACAGAAAUCCAUUUCGGUGGAGAGUUGCACAGCUAGGUGAUCUGAUGACAUCAAGCUCUUGCCGCGCCUGGACUGAAACACUACACUUGCCGCAAGGCUUGGCGCCUUAUCUUUUGUGGUGCAAAACACUUUAAACAUUGGAUCCUCCUAUUUGGGGGAUAUAUACAUUUAUCCCGAUUUUGGGGCCUUAAGAUUUGGAAAAUUUAUUUCAAACUUCUUCCUAGGAGAAAGAUUAGUUGAUGUAUAUAGUGUCUCUUCAAAGCAAAUGUUGCAGCUGUACUAAAAUGGCUGGCAUUUUCUGGGGGUUUUCUACCCAGGGGGGUACAACGGCAUACCAAAUCAAGUUUUUCCUCAUCCGUGCUUUCCACCUGUGUUUUAGAAAUGGUUUCUAUAGAGUUUCUAAUCAUUCACAAAGCUGUAGUUUCCAUGAAACUGUCAUAGCAUAAACCAUAAUAUAUGGCUGCAUGCCAUCUAGGCAUCUAUUAAAAGUAUGUGGAAAGGUUCCUGUGUGAAUGAUACUAUAGCAGGCUGUGCAUAAAUUCUUCAAUACUGUCAUGUUUACCAGUGUCAUUGAGCUGUGUGUAGUUCAAAACGGUUACAUUUUACAUGUGCAAGAAGCUGGAGAAGACAGGCGAAGGUCUGAGGUCAGAGCACUGAUCCAUCCCCCAGAAAAACAUUCUUGUUAAUGGCAGAUAUCAACUGUCCUCGUAUUUUCACUUCUCUUUUUGUCCCUCACUGCCAGUAAUGCUAUGUGGAUGUUAGAGUUUGUUUAUUUUAUUUGGUUACAGGUAGACUAGACAUCACAUCAUUAGACAGAUGUGCAUUUAUACCUCAAUUUACACAGGUCCUGUCAAGACUUGGGUCAUUUGUAGAAUACUAAGUAUUAAAGUAAUAUUUUUAUUGUUCAUACUACAUCAUGCCACUGUGACAACACCUUAUCGGUUGAGAUCCUGGAAAUGGCUGGCUAAAGAUUAGGCAGGCAGGUAUUUUAUAGCAAGGUUCAUAUGUGAUUUUUAGAUGCUCCUAUCAGACAAUGUGAUGAUGCAUGUAAAUAUUUUCCAAGGUCAUGUAUAUAAUUUUUUUUGUUUUGUUUUUUUUGUUUCUAUUGGCAUGAACUUUAUCUCAAACUGUUUCUUUACAGCCAAAUGCAUUCAAUGUUUUCAUGUUUUAGAAUCAUGACGACCGUUGGCAGUAUGACUGACUGGCUGCUGUGCCUUAAACCUACGACUGAGGGAUAUCUAUUUUUUUUUUUCUUUUUUUUUUUUUUUUUUUUUUAUAUAUAUAUAAAAAAACUUCUCAAUAGUCUGUGCAAUAUAUGCCUUAAACUUUAAAUGUGUGUUUUGUAUAAGCAUUUCAAAGGAAUAAAAGUUCAGUUUUUUUU